UCACAGUUAAUUUUGAGAGAAUAAGGAUAUUUUUCAAAAUUCUCUUCAUUCCUCACCAACAACAUCAGUUUAUCAAAUAUUUUGAGUAGGUAAAGCAGUUACAUUGGACUUGCUCACCAUUGAGUAUUUGCUUUUUUUGUGUGCGUGGAAAAUUUGAGGGUCUAAAGAAAAAAACAUUUCAAAAACUUCCUUUUCAUAAGAGAAAUGCAUUUUGAAACAAAUUCCUCUGGCUGUUACCAACUUCUUAAUAAUCUGUGGAUGUUUUAAAAAAAAUCAGAAUGUACACACAGUGGGCAAUUGUGAAUAUUUUUAUGGUCUCCCAUCUGCAUCUCCUGUGGGGAUCUAAUUAUCAGCAUGGACCUGUGAAGGCAUCUCAGUCACUGUUAGAACGUUCAGAACAACAGAUCAGGGCUGCCUCUAGUUUGGAGGAGCUGCUUAAGAUCACUCAUGCUGAAGACUGGAAGUUGUGGAAAUGUCGACUGAAACUCAAAAGCCUAGCUAGUAUGGAUUCCCGCUCAGCAUCCCACCGCUCCACCAGAUUUGCAGCAACAUUUUAUGAUAUUGAAACACUUAAAGUCAUCGAUGAAGAAUGGCAGAGAACUCAAUGUACCCCAAGAGAGACCUGUGUGGAAGUGGCCAAAGAGCUGGGGAAAAGCACUAACACUUUCUUUAAGCCCCCCUGUGUGAAUGUAUUCCGGUGCGGAGGCUGCUGCAAUGAAGAGAGCCUCCUCUGUAUAAACACAAGUACCUCCUAUGUUUCAAAACAGCUUUUUGAAAUAACAGUGCCUUUAACAACUGUGCCUGAAUUAGUACCAGUUAAAAUUGCUAACCAUACAGGGUGUAAGUGCUUAUCAACAACUCAACACCACCCAUAUUCCAUCAUAAGAAGAUCCAUACAAAUCCCUGAAGUGAAUCGCUGUCCCCAAACAAAAAAAGUCUGUCCUGAUGAAUUAACAUGGGAUAGCAAUAAAUGUAAGUGUGCCACACAGGAAGAGAGUCCUCUCAAUGGGAUGGAAGAACAUGCCCAUCUUCAGGAACUGGCUAUUUGCGGUCCUCAUAGGAAGUUUGAUGAGGACCACUGUGAAUGUGUCUGUAAAAUGCCUUGUCCUAAUGAUCUCAUUCAGAACCCAGAAAACUGCAGUUGCUUUGAAUGCCGAGAAAGUCUGGAGAGCUGUUGUCAGAAGCAAAAAAUAUUUCAUCCCAACACUUGCAGCUGUGAGGACAGGUGCCCUUUUCACACCAGGACAUGUAUAAAUGGAAAACCAAUGUGUGCAAGGCAUUGCCGCUUUCUGAGGGACAAAAAAGGACCCCAUGGGCAUCAUGGCAGAGAAAAGCCUUGAAUCGAUUUUUAUCUUUCUCCCAAACUCUACCUUUUGGGUAUUUGUAAACAUUGUGCUGAAUUGCCAAGUUGCUGUCACUUUCCAAGUGCUAGUAAAAAUGACUCAACAUCCACUUCACUUAGCAAGAGUGAAUCUAGUCCACAUUUAUUUAUUCCAUUAAAUAAGCUGCCAGCAAUGGAUUCACUGGGACACUAGCAAUUGCAGAGGAUGCUUAUGGAGGUGAAGGACUAGAGGAAUCUACUUGAAGCUUUUUUACAAGGAAUAAAUUAGAUAACUUGUUAUGGAAUGACAGUUACUUUCCAAUCGUUAAAGAAAUGCACUAAACCUUUGCUAACUGCAAAUCCUGUGAAAUACUCUUAUUCUCUCUUGUACAGAAUUUGAUUUGUAAGAUGUCAGCACUGACUUUUUGAUCUA